AUGUCCGACUUCCUCAAGGCAUGCAACGAGAUUUCGAGCGAGAUAGUCGAGCUCUACAAGCAGGAGAAAAGGAUAGACGUGAGUGCGAUCAAGUCGAGGGUAUGCAGGAAGUACAGGCUUGGAUGCACUCCACGGAUUGUGGACAUCAUUUCGUUCAUUCCGCCCGAGCACGGACGUCUGAUUGAGCAGCUCAGGGCGAAGCCUGUCAGAACUGCGUCUGGGGUUGCUGUUGUUGCUGUGAUGUGCAAGCCCCACAGAUGUCCACACAUCGCACUGACCGGAAACAUAUGCGUGUACUGCCCGGGUGGCCCCGACUCCGACUUUGAGUACUCCACUCAAUCAUACACGGGAUACGAGCCGACGAGCAUGAGGGCAAUAAGAAGCAGGUACGAUCCAUUUGAGCAGGCAAGAGAAAGGCUCCGGCAGCUCAAGGCGCUUGGGCACAACACAGACAAGGUGGAGUACAUAAUAAUGGGGGGAACAUUUAUGUCUCUACCCGAGUCGUACAGAGACAGAUUCAUCUCAAGGCUGCACGAUGCUCUUAGCGGGCACACAUCGCCGACUGUCGAAGAAGCCAUACGGGUUGGGGCAGAAGGGCGCCUGAAGUGUGUUGGAAUAACAAUAGAGACAAGGCCAGACUUCUGCGUGCGCCCUCAUCUCAGCAAAAUGCUAGGAUAUGGAUGCACAAGAAUCGAGGUAGGCGUCCAGAGUGUAUACGAGGAUGUUGCCAGAGACACCAACAGAGGGCACACGGUUGAGAGUGUCUGCGAAUCCUUUGCACUUGCGAAGGACGCAGGGUUCAAGAUAGUUGCUCACAUGAUGCCCAAUCUUCCGAAUGUUCCCAUGAAAAGAGACCUUGCACAGUUUCGAGAGUACUUCGACAACCCCGGGUUCAGAAGCGACGGACUGAAGAUAUAUCCCACGCUUGUGAUCAAGGGCACAGGGCUGUUUGAGCUGUGGAAAAACAACAAGUACAGGAACUACUCCCCGGACGAGCUGAUUGAUCUUCUUGCAAGGAUUCUUUCACUUGUGCCGCCAUGGAUGAGGAUAUACAGGGUGCAGAGGGACAUCCCGAUGACGCUGGUGAGCUCUGGCGUGGAGCACGGCAACAUAAGAGAGCUGGCGCUGGCUAGAAUGAAAGACUACAGGACACGCUGCAGAGACAUUCGAACCAGAGAGGUUGGGAUCAGGAAUAUCCACGAGAACAUCCUGCCUGAAGAGGUCGAGCUGGUGAGAAGAGACUAUGUGGCAAACAAGGGCUGGGAGACGUUUCUUAGCUAUGAAGACGUGAAGCAAGACAUUCUGAUAGGGCUGCUGAGGCUGCGCAAGUGCAGUGUGGACACGUUUCGGACCGAGCUAAGGGGCCUAGGCCUGCAACCUGCAGCGAAUGAAGGUAGCCUCGAGGCAGAUGGACAUCAUCCUGCUGUGGUCAAUGAGCAUUCGUCCAUAAUAAGAGAGCUUCAUGUGUACGGAAGCGCCGCAGCCAUAAGCAAAAGUGAUGGCACGAAGUAUCAGCACCAGGGGUACGGCACACUCCUGAUUGCCGAGGCUGAGCGGAUUGCAAGGGACGAGCACAAGUCAGCAAAGAUCGCAAUAAUCUCCGGGGUUGGAACCAGAAACUACUAUGCCAGGUUUGGGUAUGUCUUGGAAGGCCCGUAUAUGGUUAAAAGCCUCACGGGCUGA